AUGUGCGAGAUCCUCGUUCUCGUCGCGAACCAACUUCCAUCGUCUACCAUCGCACGGUCUAUCAUGCCCUCUCUCUCGCCAACGGCUCAUGAGCCCCGCCUCUCCUCUCUGUUCAUCGCGGGAUGGGUCAUGACGGCACUCGGCGGCGGCCUCCGCUUCCUAUGCUACCAUCAACUUGGCCGACAGUUCACCUACUCGCUCACUAUCGUUGAGGACCACAACCUCAUCACCACCGGUCCCUAUGCUAUCGUCCGGCACCCCAGCUACAUCGCGUGGAUCACCUUCAUCUCUGGUGUCCUCGUCACGCAACUGUGCCCGGGCUCUUGGUUCGCCGAGUGCGGCCCCUCUGGCUCGUUCUUUGGAUGCGCUGCGAUGGCCGUAUGGGUGGUGUACAAUUUGUACAUUGUCGCCAUGCUUCCGGCUAGAAUGCGGCGGGAAGACGAGGCGCUGAAGAAGCAGUUUGGCGAUAAGUGGGUGCAAUGGUCGAGACACACGCCGUACAAACUCGUUCCAGGGAUUUACUGA